AAUUAAUAGUUUUCUUAUUUUGUUCUUUAAAAAAAAUAAUUUCAUGUAUUACAACUGCACUCUUCCGGAAAGUGACGUCACUGGUGGAGGAGUUGUUGAGCGCAAGACGCUCACUGUCAGCGUGUAGUGAAGAGUGGAGAUUGUUUUACAGAUGUUAAAGUCUGUGAGGGAUUAACAAUUUGGUUUAACACGUUUUUAACUUCGCUUUAUAAAGGAUCAGGAUGUACACCAACAGGGAGGGGCAAGCACUGUUUGCCCCGCCCGCAGGAGCGUCCCAGGGCCCCAGCGCUCCUCCAGCCAGCAUGUUUGACAACAUGCCAGGAUACGAAGGAACAGUGGCCGGAGGAGGUGGAUUUCUGCCACCUCCAAUGCCUGCUUACCCAGCUCCUCAGCCUACGCCUGGACCACAACAGCCAAAUUGGAAUAUCCCAUCUAUAAGUGAAGAUACUGCUCGCGGUGCAUUUGCCCUGUUUGCCUCCAGCAAAUGCUGCUACAGUUCUGGACCAGCAAAGGAUGGUGUGAUCACCAACAUGGAGGCAUUUAAUACAUACAGGUACCGUCUGGAAACAUUUACUGAAUUAAGAUCUACAGAGUGGAGUCAUGAGCCAUAUACUGGCCAGCCAGUGGAUGCCUACUCCCAACAGCCUCCGGGGCCAUGGGAUAUUCCUGCGAAAACACCCAAUUUUUUUAUGGACAGCCAACAGAAUAUCAAGGUUCCCUACACAUCAUCUGUGAAGCCUUGCCACAACUGUGUGGGAAUGGGGCGAAAACCUUGCAAACACUGUGCUGGUGCUGGCAAUAAAGUCUGUUGGGUGUGCAAUGGAUCUGGGUACCGUCAUGGAGAUGAUAGAUGCCACCACUGCAGUGGUAGAGGGAGGGAAAAUUGCACUCACUGCCAUGGGCAAGGAUCAGAGCAAUGUAACGCAUGUCGUGGAAAACAGCAGCUCCUAGUCUACAUCAACCUCAAAGUGAAAUGGACUAACAACUCUGAUGACUAUGUUGUGGAGCAGUCAAGUGGACUCCAGCUGGCCAACCUGAGUAAGGUUUCUGGCAAGGAGCUUUACAGAGACUCACAGUACUUGGUGUACCCUGUGAUGGGCUUUCCAGACCCUCAGGUGGUGCAAGCUUCACAACGCCUUGUCAGUGAUCAUCAGGGCAAAUACACCCAGACAUCACGCGUUCUACAACAGCGUCAAACCAUAGAGCUGAUCCCAGUCACAAAGGUCACUUACUCUUGGAAAGGGAACUCACAUAUUUACUUUGUUUAUGGAAAUGAAUUCAAAGUUAAUGCAGAUAACUAUCCUGCCACCUGUUGUUGUUCUGUGAUGUAAUUGCAGUGAUUGGGCAUGACAUGUUGUUUUUUUGUACUUUCUGAGCCUUUGAAUGACUUGUAUAUAAGUCAUAAAAGGACCCUCUGUGAUGAAUAAAAGGAGAAACGUUUUGCAAAACACUUAAAUAUAUUGCAUACGUCAAAAUAACACCAAAUAUUGAAAAUGAUCAUUUCUAAUUGAAUGCAAGAAACAUAAAAAAAAAUGUGGUAAUAAAAAGAAUAGUCAAAUUGGACUGCCAUUUCUGUGCUCAGGCUUCCUGUAUGAUGGACUUAUGCAAAGUGGAAAAUAGAUGCAUCCCGACCUGGUGAGGAGCAUUUGUGCACAUCACAUGAGUAUAAUCUGCAAGUUUAAAGGCACCACUAAUGUUAAGUAACAUAGGAAAUUUUAUGAGCACCGAUGCCCAUACAAUUACAUCAGCAGGGUAUUGUAGUGAAUGUGGAAAGGACCAAGAGGCCAAACAGGCCUGUAUGCAUAGCUUAUUUAGCAAACUUUUUCUACAUAAUUUAACAGCUUUACUAGAAAUCUGAUUUACCGUACCAAUGAAGACUCACAAACUAAAGAAAUAUGAAUAUUUACAAUCGAAAGUGAUUAUUAAAAUGUUUAUAUUUGCAUGCUAUUCUGAUACAUUAACCACAGAAAAACGAUACUCAAUUAUACAACGUAAGCCAUAAUGAAAUAAUUCACUGAUUAUUUUUGCACUAUCCUAUACAUUUUUUUUCUUUUUAUUCAGCAAACUAUAUAUUUUAUACUGUGUAUUUUUGCAGCCAAUGAAAUCACGGACAGAAGCUCCAUCUGUUUACUAUUAUGCCACUUGUGAUUGUUUUAUAUACAGGACUGUCUCAGAAAAUUAGAAUAUUGUGAUUUUCUGUAAUGCAAUUACAAAAACAAAAACGUCAUUCAUUCUGGAUUCAUUAUAAAUCAACUGAAAUAUU